GCAGGUCGACUCCUUCCCACUGCUCAGAGAGAGAGAGAGAGAGAGAGAGAGAGAGAGACUGCAGUCCAGUCCUCCACCCGGACAGUCGGCUUCGAGCAUCCAUGUGCCAAACGGACUUUUGGAAUCAGAGCGCAGACUGAUGUUGAGCCUCCUGCGGGAAAACUUCACUUACUGACGGAUCGGCGGGGAGUCCGAGCCGGUUUGAAGCUCCAGCUGUUAAACAUCAGCUGUGUUUGUUUAUCUGAGCUCAGAUCACCUCGGACACUUUGGUCUGGACUGCUCUGACGGCCGGAGCGCUCCUCUCGGGAUCCUCACGUCUGCAGGAUUCGGGACUGAUUUGAUCUUGAAACCUCCGGACUCGUGGUUUCCGCGCUUGACAUGAGCAGCCGCGCCGUCUCCUGCCUGUCGGCGCGUCUUUGUCAUUUUAAUGUCGGCGUAAUCUCCGCGCGUCCGGCUGAUUGUCGCUUUGCAUUUCAGCUCAAACUGACAAGCUGAGGAGGAGCAAGGACGAGAAGUCUGCGCGAGAGACGCUGCACGUGGAUCUGUUUCACUCCAUCCCGUGUUCCCUUGGAUUGAAUUUAUUCCCCCUUUUCCAAAACGCUUUCCUUGGAGAAAACUCGAGGAUGUUGCUCCGCUGCUUUAACCCUCCCUCCUGGUCCACCUGUAGGUUUUUCUUCUGCUUUUUGUUGCUGCUCCAAACGCCCCGGUCCUCCUCUCCGCUAAUUACAGGUACCGAGGCCAGCUGUGAGAACGAAGGAGAAGUCCUCCACAUCCCCAACAUCACCGACAACCCCUGCAUCACCUGCGUGUGUCUGGAGGGGAAGGCCGACUGUAAGCAGGAGAAAUGUCCUCUGGUCUCUGAGGACUGCGCUCUGGUGGUCAAACAGACUGGAGCCUGCUGUGAGAGGUGUAAAGGCUGCAUGUUGGAUGGACGAUCUUACAACAGCUCAGUGUCCUGGACCAGCUCCACCAAACCCUGCAUAACCAGACGCUGUCAGGAAGGUGUCAUCACUGAGGCGGAGGUGCAGUGCGUCGUCCACUGCAAGAACCCCAAAAUCCACCCGAAGAAGUGCUGCCCCACCUGCCCCAGUUGCAUCUUUGAGGGUCGACUGUACAAAGAGAAGGAGGAGUUCAGUCCAGAGGGCAAACCCUGCAUCAAGUGCACGUGCACUGGAGGCCGGACUCUCUGCAUGAGGGAGGUGUGUCCUGUCCUCUCCUGCCCCGCCCACCUCAGCCACACCCCGCCUGGACACUGCUGUCCCAGAUGUCUCGGUCAGAGGAAGGUCUUCGAUCUGUCUUUAGGAAGCUGUCUGUUCCACAGCGAAGUUUACGAGAACGGCGCUUACUUCAUUCAUGACAACUGCACCACCUGCACCUGCAAGGAUUCCACGGUGGUGUGCAAGAGGCGGUGCUCCCGGCCAGGGAGUUGCCAUGGAGACCAGUGCUGCGAGGAGUGCUUGUCCUACGUGAAGGUGGAGGAGGUGAAGUACUGCAGAGUCCGGAACAAGAUCUACAGGGAAGGAGACAUGUGGUCGUCCGUUAACUGCACUCUCUGUGCCUGCGUCAAAGGAAGCAUCGAGUGUCGGCCCAAACAGUGUGUACCAAUCACCAGCUGCCCCUCGAAUAAGAUCCUGAACAGGACCGGCUGCUGUCCAGUUUGCACUGAAAAGCCAGGUGUAUGCACAGUGUUUGGCGACCCUCACUACAACACCUUCGACGGCAGGACCUUUAACUUUCAGGGAACCUGUCAGUACGUCCUGACUCGUGACUGUGGCGGCGCCCCCUCUGGAGGACCAGGAAACACCAUCAACGUCAACAGCCCAGACUCCAGUUUCAUGGUGCUGGUGAAGAACGACGCCCGGCGGACUCGCUCCUUCUCCUGGACUCAGUCUGUCGAGAUCAGGCUGGGAGGUUUGAUCCUGAGUCUGCACCAGCACCUGACGGUCCGGAGGAACGGCACCCGCAUCGCCCUGCCCUACCACGGCCCCGGGGUGCACAUCGACCUGGACGGAUACCUGCUCAAGCUCACCACCAUCGCAGGUCUGGAGAUCACAUGGGACGGCGACAGCUUUGUGGAGGUCGUGGCCGCCCCUCACCUGCGCGGCCGCCUCUGCGGCCUUUGCGGCAACUACAACGGCCACAAGCGCGACGACACCAUGGGAGGCGACGGCCACUUCAAGUUCGACGUGGACGAGUUCGCCGAGUCGUGGCGAGUCGAGGGAAACGAGGUUUGCUCCCAGCAGCCCCCGCCCCGCCGGCCGACGUCCUUCCUGUGCCCCGGCAGCGUCAAAGUCAAGUUCCGCGCCCACCGCGAGUGCCAGAAGAUAAAGGCGUGGGAGUUUCAGAAGUGCCACCGUGUGGUUGACUUCGCCCCUUUCUACAGGUCGUGUGUGACGGACAUGUGCGAGUGUCCAGUCCAUAAAAACUGCUACUGUGAGUCCUUCAUCGCCUACAGCCGAGCCUGCGAGAGGGAGGGGGUGCCUGUUCUCUGGAGGCCCGACACCGCCUGCAUGGCCACUCAGUGUAAACACGGCGCUGUGUACGACACCUGCGGACCGGGCUGCACCAAAACCUGCGACAACUGGAACGAGAUCGGACCGUGCCACAAGCCCUGCGUGGCCGGCUGCCACUGCCCCGCCAACCUGGUGCUGUUCCAGGGACGCUGCAUCAAACCCAUAGCCUGCCCCGGACGGUGACCCUCGUGAUCCAGGUGGGAGAAGGGGGGUGACGGGGAUAGGUUAUUCUGGGACUGUUAUUUCUGGUAUCGCGAUUAGUGGGAAAAACAAACCGAGAAGAGUUCGGGGGGGACACAAAAGGGUCUCAAGUCGGCAGGUCAGCUGCGACGAGGUACUCAGGGUCCAUACUUUUGCGAGGAGGCGUUGCAGAGACUUCGACGUUAGAGAUGAGCUGCGGACUGAGGGGACACUCAGUGGAUGAAAGGCUGAACCUCGCCACACAUUCAGCUCCUGACGUCCUCGUGGCUCUCGUAGCACCGAGUACAGUCACAAUACCAGUCACCACCACCAGGGGCGCUCAUUUCAGUCUUGCGGAGGAGGAACUGAUCUCAAGGGAAAACUGAAACCAGGGCCCCUUUUUCAGAGGUUUCAUCGUCCGGGGAAGGUUUGUCCACGCUGCCAUGGACCCUCAGGAAGAAGUUUGGGCCAGUGGACUCCUGUUUGAGCCAACAUGGCGCCCAGAUUUCUCUCACAAACACUCCAAAGUGGGAAACUGAGCAUCUGCAUUGUGAAUACAGAGAUUCAAAGCGGAGAAACUCUCUGAUGCAUCAUAUCAAACUGCCUCUAUUCCAUCAUUUCAUACUGUAAGCUAGCCAGAUUUAUAUGAAAGACAGACAGCUUUUAUAUUAUUAUUGUUCUAAUUAUUAUUAUUAUUAUUAUUUGUUGUUGAUGUUGUUAAUUUAUAUAUCGGUCAGAUGACAUGUCGUAGCAAGAGCCAGAAUCAUGAAUAUAAUUGCGUUAUAAAUGAUUUAAAGGGAAACAAAAGCUAUUUAUGUAUUUGUUGUGUACUUUUGUGUUACUGUUUGAAGAGAAAUGCCCAAAUGUGACUCAGUUGUUGCACCAUCGCAGGGAAAAAGUACUGUAUUGUGUUAUGCUCCGUGUACAGGUUGUUGUGGUUCGUCUCAAACUGAAGGUGUUCAUCUGAGCAUAUGUUUCACUUGACAAUAAUUAUUUAAGACCAGCAAUAUAAUCGUUUCUCGA